UUGAAGUAUGGCAUUUAGCUAUAAUCAUCCAAGACCUAAUUCGGAAAGGCUAGCGGGGAAGUAUAAACAAAAAUUGGCAUUGUUGAAGCAAAUGAUCAGAGAAUAUGUGCAUGAAAAUGCUGCCCUAGUGGAUGAACUGGAAGAGGUACAGAUAAAUAUAAUAGUGAGAAAAGAAGAAAGGAAAUAUUUGUUAAGAAAAUUAUGUGAAUAUGAACCCCAAGUUGGACUAGAAGUUCAAAAUUCUGCCAAAGAUGGACCGCGUCACACUAACAGUACACCAACAGCUAUCAGUAGUAACAGUGAUAACAGGAAGAGUAGAAAGAAAUAUUUAGAAUCCAAUGAAAGGAAAACAUCAGUUCUGAAAUCGAGAAAAAGUUCCUCGAAAAAUAGGAAGAAGUUUGUGCGUCCAGUACCCAUAGAUCUAACGGGGAAACCGAUAUUUCCCAUUGAAUUAGGACGGUUGAAAAUUCAUUCUCUUGGUGAAGUUGUAUCUGAUAGAGUGGAAUUUCACUCUGAGCAUGUUAUUUAUCCUGUAGGAUAUGUAUCGACUCGGAUUUACGGUAGUUUAAAGGACCCUACCCAGAAAUGUAUCUAUACUUGUACAAUCUCCGAUGCAGAUGACAUUCCCAGGUUUGAAAUUGCUUCUGAUGAUAAUUCUACACCAAUCAUUGGAGAUACACCAGAUGUUUGUCAUUCUUUACUACUACAGGGUAUCAAUGAUUCUCUGUCCCUCAACGUUGUCAGUACGAGACCCAGAGGAAAUGAAUUUUUUGGACUGACUCAUCCCACUGUAUUACAUCUCAUACAAAGUUCCCCGGGUUCUAGGAAAUGUACCAAUUAUAAAUGGAUAAAAUUCGAGGUUUCCAAAAACCAUGAAAUGCAUUCAGAAGACAAUGAUGCAGGUCUCAGUUACGAGUACCUGCAACGCAGUAUUAAUUUUUGUAAAUAUAAAAUGGCGCCUGACAUUUUACAGAAACCUGAUGAUAUUGUUGAUUCGAAAGAUGAUAUCGUACUGUACUGAAUAAGAUUUGAAGAAAUGGAAUGUUGGUGUGCACAAGUGUAUUAGAAUCAAGUCAUGGUUUCAGUUAUAACAAUUCUAUCUAUUAACAAAAAUUCGCCUUUGGUGUCAUGCCUUUAGGUUCCCUGUAACAUUACUUCUAUUUAUCACAAUCUAAAAAUAUAGAAUGGUGCAUCAUAUAUUGAUCAAAUGACAAAAAUCUGUGAAGAUUUCAUAAUAAUCCCUGCAAAUAGGUUUGAUUUAUGUUCUGCAAAAAAAUAUAAUUUUGUUGUAAUUCAUGUAUUGAAUAAAAGUUUAAAUAACUAGGAAGAAA